AUGCCCCGUGCCAAGUCCCACCGGCGGGCCCAGGCCCAGAAGCGGAGGAUGGCGCAGCCGCAGCCAUGGACCCCCCAGCCGCCUGUCCCCGAGUUCGUUGCUCGGCGCGGUACAGGGUACCGCCAUCGCGUGCGGAGAUGGCCGACUUCGGAGCUGACCCAGCGCAGCUUCAAGUUGGUCACUCCUGCCCUGCAGCCGGACCAGAAGAUGGUGUUCGUCGUGGGAGACUCCCACCUGCGGGCCAUGGUGGAUGGGAUCGUCGCGAUGCCGGAGGUGUUCGUGCUGGACUUCCCUCCACGCCUGAACAUCGAGCCUGGCCUGCAGGACGUGUUCCGCCAGGAGUUCCGCCGUGUGCACCUCAGCGACAGCGAUGGAACGCCGAUCCUGGUCCAGGCCCUGUGGGACGCCGCGGUCCGCCAGCUGGCUCCUCCUCCUCCUCCUCCUCCUCCUUCGGUGCCCCCCCGGACAUCGCCUCGUGCCAGGGUCUCCCCCGUGCUGGUCGUGACGGGACACAGCCCCGCGGCUCGUCACCGCAACCCACUGGAGUGGACCGUUGUCGGACAGGAGGGCAAGAUUCGAGCAUCUCCGGUGCAAGAGUCUGUCCUCCCGUCCAACCCCGUCUGGUUCAGCGGCGACAUCCUGGAGGCCAUGGAGAGGGUUUCGCCAUCCUCGGACAGCGACGUCACUGCCCUUCUGCCAGCUGGCCAGGUGGAGGCGACAGCCCAGGAGUCGUCCAGCGUGGUGCCAGGGGUGGUCGUCGUCCGGGAGGAGGUCGCCGCAGCGUGCCCAGCCGUCCCGGAGGUGCCAGCGAGACCUUCACCAGCCCGUGUGACCGUGUCCGCCUCCGCGCCCAGACCAGCGGUGCAGCAGGUGGAGGCGACAGCCCAGGAGUCGGCCAGCGCGGUGCCGGGAGUGGUCGCCGGUCAGGAGGAGGUCGACGCAGCGUGCCCUGCUGUCCCAGAGGAGCGACAGAUCGACAAAGCUAAGGCUGUUUUUGUUCCUUCUGUUUGUCUGGAAUUAGACGGACAGUUGUUUAGGUUCGGUUUUGGCGACACAGUGUUAGGCGAAGUAGGCGUGACCGAAGGUGAAUACAUCGAUUUCGGUGUAUUCAUCAGCUUGCGUAAUGGACUGGAGAGAAUCUUCAGUCAAUACACCACAUGUCUUUUGACAAUGUGCGGAAACACCACUGCCAUCGUGCGUGAGGGUGGACGGUUCGCUGUGGUCGACAGUCACUCACGCAGUAGCACUGGCUUGUUACACCACAAUGGUACAAGCGUGGUUCUGCAUUUCGCGUGUCUCGACGACCUGCACCACUACAUCUGUCGUUUGGCCGACAGUCUCCUUUCGAGGGAGAAGCUCUUUGAGCUGUGUGGUGUUACGGUCAGCACGGAUGCAAGUCCAGCGCGGUCUGGUGUGUCUGUGGAGAGUCUCAUCACUGAGAUGAGCGCUGCUCCGGCACCAGAGUCUAGUGUGCUCACUGAGGCUGGGAGAAAAAGUGAGGUGUCUGCAGGCGUUUGUGUGCCUGAGUGUGGUGUCAGCAUUGCCGCAAGUCCGGCACUGUCUGGCAUUUCUGUGUUGACUUUCUCCAGCGAGGUGAGCAGCGGUUCAGCGGCAGAACCAACAGUGGCUAAUGGCAGAAAGCGUGUUAUUUCUUCCGGCACUUGUAUGUCGAAGAAAUCCAAGAGUUUCGAUGUCCGAGAGGUCAAUUCGGACGUCGAAUUUGUUAGCGAGGUGAGAAGUGAAGAGCUGGUCUUCCAUCCCCUCGGCUUAGAUGUUUGUCGUGCUUUAUGCACAAAGUUGAACGUCGAUUGCGUGAAGGUUGUUAGUCCGGUAGCCACAGAGGAGGGGUUGUUAGGUGUUCCUUGUAGCAAAGAGAGGAUUGUUGCCGAUGGGAACUGCUUCUUCAGAGCCAUCUCUCAGGCUGUGAGUGGUUCUCAGAAGCACCAUCGUAAGAUUAGGUUAGCUGUAUGUAAAGAGUUAGAAAGGAACACUGAUAGAUAUCAGAGUUUUUUGAGAAGUGAGUACUCCUCUGUGUUAGAGUACAUUGAGCAGUCCAGGAUGAGGCGUGUCGGUAGUUGGGCCACAGAGGUGGAGAUUCAGGCGACGGCCGAUUGGUUAGGCGUUAGUGUGUUUACUUUUCAUGACGGACGUUGGAUAAAGUAUAGUUGUAGCAGUCAGCAUUUGUCAGCGGAGUGUGUUUACUUAGAGAAUGUCAUGGGGCGACAUUUUGAGAAUGUGGUUUGUGUAUUUAAGCCUGGACUGCAGAGUUGCUUUGGGUAUUGUAAAAUUAGUGAAGUCACAGGUUACAGCAUUAGGCCUAGAAUGAUGGAUGUUGUAGAUGGUGACAACACAGCGGUUAGGUAUGAUGUCGUAGGUUCUGUUGUAGGUGUACAGGAUAGUGUCAAGGACGUGGAGGCUGCUAGGGAGUUAGUGUCAGUUAGAAAGUCUCUGUCCAAGUAUCUGAAGAGGAAGCAAAGGACGCAGGAAAAGUGUAAUAUGCCGCUUAGAGAGAAACGGCAGUUAACUAUUAGGAAGAUGUAUAAGGAAAAUGUGUUGUUUAGGGAGAAUGCUAAGUUUUGCAGUGUAGAAAAGUAUUGUAAGAAUUUGCCCCACAGAGAAAGGGUUAAACAGAUGAGUAUUAGUAAAUACAGAGAAAGCAUUGAACAUAGGGAGAGAGUUAAGGCCAGGAGUGUGGGCAAAUACAGGGACAGCAGUGAGCAUAGGGAGAGACUUAAGGCCAGGAGUGUGGGCAAAUACAGGGACAGCAGUGAGCAUAGGGAGAGACUUAAGGCCAGGAGUGUGGGCAAAUACAGGGACAGCAGUGAGCAUAGGGAGAGACUUAAGGCCAGGAGUGUGGGCAAAUACAGGGACAGCAGUGAGCAUAGGGAGAGACUUAAGGCCAGGAGUUUUGUCCAAUAUAGGGACAACAGUGAGCACAGGGAGAGAGUUAAGGGUAAGAUUUUGGGCAAAUAUAGGGACAGCACAGAGUAUAGGGAGAAACUUAAAAAAAUGAGUAAGAGUAAGUAUCACGGUAGUGUAGAUCAUAAGCAGAGAGUAAUUUCCAGUGUCAGGUUAGGUAGAAAGCAGAAGGUAGACAAGUCAAAAGAUUUUGGUUUUGUUAGGGAGCAGUUUUUAGAAAAGGUCAGAGAUGGACCUGAUUUUGUGUGCUGUGUGUGUCAUAGGUUGUUUUUUAGAUAUCAGGUGGUUAGUUGUGAUAGGGAAACUUAUAGGCGAAGUUCAGCGACAGCGGCUGUGGCAGAUAGGUGUAUAGGCCAGCAGUAUUUGCAUCGGUGUAGUGGGGAGUGUGUUGCGCCAUGUUCGUUGGUUUCAUCGCGCGGUAAUUUGUGGAUCUGUUAUACAUGUGAUAGAAAGCUUAGUUCAGGUGAGAUGCCAGCUGAAUGCUGGGUUAAUAACUUGGAGCUUGAUCCCAUUCCUGCUGAACUGGGAUCGUUGAAUAGUUUAGAACAGCAUCUUAUUGCGUUACACAUUCCAUUCAUGAAAAUGUUGGCACUGCCUAAAGGCGGGCAGAAUGGAGUACAUGGACCAGUGACAUGUGUUCCAGCCAACAUUGUUCAGACUGCGAAUGUGUUGCCUCGUUCUAGUAUGGAAGGGUCUCUGCUUCAGGUUAAGCUGAAGCGGAAACUCACAUAUAAAGGGCAUUACGAGUACCAGUUUGUGGAUACGUUGCAUGUAAGACAGGCGCUAGAUUACUUAAAGAGAACAAAUGUAUAUUAUAGAGACAUUGAGUUUAACGAGCACUGGGUCAAUGAGUUUGUUAGGGAGGAAGAUAGGGAGAGGGAAGAGGCCGAGUCAGGCAGUGAGGGUGAGGCUGAGGUUAGGUCAGGGCAGGUUACGGUUCAGAGUGAAAUGUGUGAGCUAGCGGAAUCAGCAGACAUAGGACAGGAUGAACUGUUGCAUGACAGACAACAGCACUGCAUGUUUCAGGACACUUGUCUUAUGCCUGUUGAUAUUGGUCAGGAAGCUUUAGAUCAGUAUUUUAAGGAUAUUUUGAAUAUUGCGCCUGCAGAAGGGAAUAGUCCAGUUAGAAUGCUUUCUGACCACACGAACGAGGCAAAAUGUUUCCCGGUGUUGUUUCCGACGGGUGGUAAGACGUAUCAUGAUGGUCGGUGGCAUGACUUGACGUUGGCGCGUUAUCUUAAUAAUAGGAUCAUGCAUGCCGAUGGUCGUUUUGCGCGUAAUGUAGAGUAUAUAUUUUUUGCUCAGUACGUGUCGGAGUUGGACAAGGUUGUGUCCAGUGUUUCUGUUGCGUUGCGUAAGGGUAAAGGAGGUCAGAGGCCUCAGCGGAUUAGUGAGGAUGUGUUAGCGGAUGCGGACGCCUUGAAGCAGUUGUUGGCGUGUGAUGAUGGGUUUAGGUUUCUUAAACCCAUUAGAGGAACUCCGGCCUUCUGGCAGUCUGUCCAGAAGGAUGUGAUGGCUUGUGUGCGUCAGUUAGGCAUUCCGACGUGGUUUUGCUCGUUUUCGUCUGCGGAUAUGCGCUGGCAGAAUCUUCUGACCAGCAUCCUGAAACAGGAAGGCAGAUCGCAGACGGUAGAGGAUUUGGAGUGGGCUGAUAGGUGCGCGUUGUUGCGACGUAAUCCUGUGACCGCGGCGCGAAUGUUUGACUACAGGUGGCAUUGUUUUCUGAAAGAGGUUCUCAUGUCUCCCUGUCAUCCUAUCGGUAAAAUAAUCGAUUACUUUUAUAGGGUCGAAUUUCAACAGAGAGGCUCACCACAUGUACAUUGUUUGUUUUGGAUCGAGGGUGCUCCCCAAAUUGAUAAAAACACAGAUGAGGAAGUUAUAGAAUUUAUUGACCGUUACGUUACGUGUGAGCUACCCUCAGAUGAUGACACACUAUUGGACACGGUGUCAUCUGUUCAAACACAUUCCAAACGACAUUCAAAGUCAUGCAGAAAACACAAAACGACAUGUCGUUUCAAUUUUCCAAAACCUGUUACUGCGCGCACAUUCAUUUGUAGAAUGCGGGAGUGCAAGUGUGAUAAGAACAAGAAGACAGGUGAGGCUGAAUCUAAUUCAGAAAACAAGCCAGCCUGUAAAUGUUUUGAGGAUAGGGAUAGGAUGCCAAAAGAGUUUGCUCAUAAAAUUCUUGAAGAUGUUAAAAAAGCUGUGGAACGCGAUGUGCCUCCUGCUAGUGUAGAGGAUUUGUUUCGUAGUUUGCGCAUUAAUCAGGAGAUUUUUGAGCGGGCUUAUAGGCGUUUAGAAAAGAAACAUAAGGUUGUCUAUAGGAGAGGGGUGAACGAGGUUUGGGUUAAUCAGUAUAGCAAGAAGUUGUUGAAGUGCUGGAACGCAAACAUGGACAUUAGCUUUGUCACCGACGCCUACGCAGUAGUGAUAUACAUAAUAUCGUAUAUUACGAAAGCAGAGAGAGAAAUUGGCCUAUUAUUGACUAAUGCCCAAAAAGAAGCAAAAAAACAAGGGAAUCUCUCUGCCAAAGAAGCCCUGCGGAAGCUGGGCAGUGUAUAUUUACACAACAGAGAUGUUUGUGCGCAGGAGGCGGUGUAUAGGCUAACGAACAUGCACCUUCGGGAGUGUUCCAGAAAGGUUGUGUUUGUGCCGACAGGCAGUAGAAUAGUUAGAAUGAGUUUACCCCUCAGUGUGUUGAGGCAGAUGGCGGCCUCCCGUGAUCUACGGGAGGAGGAUAUGUGGAUGGUUAGUAUUGUAGAUAGGUAUAGGAAUAGGCCUGACAGCGUAGUGUUUGAUAACAUGUGUAUGGCUACCUUUGCAUCUGAGUAUCGUGUUCUCAGCAAAAAUGAGAUGUCUCAAGACAGAAUUGAACUGAAGAAUGACUUAGGAUUCAUUCUUAGGAGAACACGCACUCAGUUUGCAGUGGUGCGAUACAUGCGUUUUAAUUUGGAUAGAGAGGAGGAGGCACAUUUUCAGAGCCUGUUGCAGUUGUUUCUUCCUUAUAGAACUGACUCAGACCUCAAACCUGAAGGCUUUGAGCUGUUUGAGCAGUUCUAUAACGAUGGUGAGGUGAUGUUUAGCGACGGCUCUGUACAUUCGGUUCACGACGUCGUCGAUGAGAAUAGGGCCAGGUUUGAGGUCAAUUGUCCUCACCUGGAGUUAGCCCAGGAGAUAGCUGCGCAAAAUAACGGUGUAGAUGAGGAUGUUUGGGGUGAGCUUUGUCCUGAACAGGAAGCGGAACGCCUUGAGGGUUUAGAAGAGAUGAGGCAGCAGCGGGAAGGUGACUUAGCUGAGGAACAGCUAGUUGAGUCGUUAGUGAAUGUGCCGGACUUGAUUGUUGGUGGCAGACAGGUAGCGCAGUUAGAAAGAAACAGGUCCAUUUUAUCUAGAACUGAGGGUUUAGCGCUUGUUAGGUCUCUGAAUGAGACACAGCUUGCUGUUUUUUAUAGGGUGAGACACUGGUGUCUGCAGAAGGUGAUGGGUAAAAACCCAGAGCCUCUGCGUGUAUUUGUGACAGGUGGUGCAGGGACGGGGAAAAGUCAUUUAAUUAGGGCUAUUCAGUAUGAGGCAGCGCGGCUGCUGUCAACGCUUUGUGAUCAACCAGACGAUAUCUGUGUUUUGUUAACUGCUCCAACAGGAAUAGCUGCAUACAAUUUGAAUGCAGCAACAAUUCAUCACACAUUGAGUAUUGGCAAACAGGCUAGUUUACCUUACACCCCUCUGGGUGAAGAUAAACUAAACUCUUUGCGCGCCAAAUUAAGUCACCUCCAAAUUUUAAUCAUAGACGAAAUCAGUAUGGUUAAUCACAACCUGUUGGCUUAUGUCCACGGUAGGUUAAGACAGAUUAAACAGACAGGCGACUUUUCCCCGUUUGGUAAUGUUAGCGUGAUAGCUGUCGGAGACUUCUAUCAGUUGCCUCCCGUUAAAGGGAAGCCUCUGUAUAGUAGUCCUGUUGGUGUGGACCUGUGGUGUAAUUUCAGCAUCGUGGAGCUGAAAAAGAUAGUUAGGCAGAAGGAUAGUGUGUUUGCUGAAAUGCUUAAUAGGUUAAGAGUGCGUUCCAGGGCCACCCCAAUGUUAGAUAGCGACGUUGAAAUGCUGAAGAUGCGCGAGACCGGCGAGGUGAGCUCAGCCUUGCAUAUCUUUGCGACGAAUAGGCAAGUAAGUGAGCACAACCUAAAUUAUCUGUUUGACUGUUGUCCUGAUUAUGUCACCAUUGAGGCGCAGGAUUUUGUGACUAACAGGACAACAGGGAAUUUGGAACGGAUGCCCGGGCAUCACGGCGUUGCGGCGGACACGUCUCUGCCGGAGACUUUGUGUAUAGCGAGGAACGCGCGAGUCAUGUUGUGUAAGAACGUGGAUGUUGCGGACGGCCUGGUCAAUGGAGCAUGUGGCACGGUCACUCAGGUAGUUUUUGGAGAGGAUUCCACGUUUCCUCUCACCGUGUAUGUUAGAUUUGAUGAUGAGAAAAUUGGUUCAGAUAGGCGGAAAAACCGUGCACAUGCAGCAGUAGAAUGCCUGCAGUCUACUGCCAUUGAUCCAGAGGAGGAUAGAGCCACCAAGCGUGGCGGUUUGCGUCGUCAGUUUCCUCUUAGGUUAGCGUGGGCUUGCACUGUUCACAAAGUGCAAGGACUCACUGUGGACGAGGCGGUAGUGUCCUUGAAGAGGGUGUUUGCACCGGGGCAGGCAUAUGUAGCGCUUAGUCGCGUUAGGGCCUUGUCUGGACUGAUCAUCGAGGAUUUUACAGAGAAGGCAAUUUAUUGCAAGGACGCCAUAAAGGAGGCCUUGGAUAGCAUGCCUCCAUUUUUGAUUGAGCAGCCAGAGCCUUCAUUAAAUGCACACAGUUUCUCUGUGUAUUUAAUGAACGUUCAAAAUUUAAGUCGGCACAUGUUAGAUUUGGUGUCUUGCACGCAGCAUUUACAGCUUACCUGUAUUGCUGUGACAGAAACGUGGCUCACUGCACAGUCCUCAUUAGACAGUGUCCAAAUUGAAGGUUACACUUUCCACAGUCGUCCUCGUGGCUUGUGUUACAGCAGCAAUAACCCUAAAUUGUUAGAGCUAAAGAACCUAGAACACGGUGGAGUUGGUUUGUAUAGUGUAGACAAUUUGGACUGUGAUAUUCUGCAGGUGCCCGAUUUGAAUCUGGAGUGUUUGGUGUGCCUGUGCAACAAAUUCAACAUACUGUUGGCAGUAAUUUAUCGUCCACCGUGUUAUCCAAUUACUUUAUUCAAACAAAAUCUGGGGAAGUUACUUGAUUGGUUACAUCCAAUCAGUAACACAAUUGUAAUAAUGGGGGAUUUCAAUGAGAACAUUUUAAAAACAUCCUCAAUUUGCAAAUUUAUGGGUGAAAAAGGAUUUAGUCAGCAUGUAACACAAGAAACUACAGAGAAGGGGACACUAAUUGAUCACGUUUAUGUUAAAACAACACAGUAUAAUGUGGAGUGUGCAGUGAUGCCGACGUAUUUUAGUGAUCAUGAAGGUGUUGCAUGUAGUUUUAGUGUUAACGAUGAUCAGGGGUUAGUUGUUGACUUGGAGGAGGUAGAGGGCCUCUUCGAGUCAGACGUGGAUUUUGAUGAGGGUUAGGUUGGUUUGUUUGGCAAAGGAGGCAAACAAUGAAUUCACACGACCGGUGUGAAUUAAUUGUUUGAUGAG